AUGGCCACCAGUACUGUCAAGGAGCCCGCUCCGCAACCAUCUGUGGAUUUCUUGCACCGUCCGUACACACGCGCCGCGCUGCCCUUCGUCAAUGGUGGUCUCGCCGGCAUGACUGCGACGGUCGUCAUUCAGCCCAUCGACAUGAUCAAGGUCCGCUUGCAACUGGCUGGUGAGGGUGUUCGUACUGGUCCUCGUCCCUCUGCAUUUGGCGUUGCGCGCGACAUCAUUGCCUCCGGAAAAGUCCUCGACCUUUACACCGGUCUGUCAGCUGGUUUGCUGCGACAGGCAGUCUACACCACUGCCCGUCUGGGUUUCUUUGACACCUUCAGCAAGACCCUUAACAAGCGUGCUGAAGCGGCCGGUACGAAGGUCGGAUUCGCCGAGCGCGCAGGAGCCGGCUUGGCUGCUGGUGGUAUUGCCGCCAUGAUUGGAAAUCCUGCAGAUCUGGCCCUCGUCCGUAUGCAGUCCGAUGGUCUGAAACCACCAGAGGCCCGUGCCAACUACCGUUCCGUCGUUGACGCUUUGUUCCGUAUCUCGAAGCACGAGGGUGUCACCGCUCUGUGGGCAGGUGCUUUCCCGACCGUGGUGCGUGCCAUGGCCCUCAACCUGGGUCAAUUGGCCUUCUUCGCCGAAUCGAAGGCGCAGUUGAAAGCGCGUACGCAGCUCUCCACCCAGACCCAAACCUUCGCCGCUUCAGCCAUCGCCGGUUUCUUUGCCAGUUUCCUUUCGUUACCCUUCGACUUCGUCAAGACUCGACUGCAGAAGCAACAAAAGGACCCCAAGACUGGCCAGCUUCCGUACAAGGGUCUGUUCGACUGCGCUCGUAAGGUUGCUCGUGAGGAGGGUUGGUUGAGGUUCUACCGCGGAUUUGGCACUUACUAUGUGCGGAUCGCGCCCCAUGCUAUGGUGACGCUUAUCGUGGCUGAUUAUCUCAACCUCAUCACCAAGUAA